GACGCUCGGAAAUAUUAUGACAGAUAGAUAAGUAGAUGACAAUUUACACAAUUAUUUUUAAAAUCAGAAAAUGCCAGGCCAAAAUUCAGUCAGGUGUUGUUGUCUCUAAUUUUAAAAUAAUCCUGUUUAUCAUCAAUACAAUUUUGAAAUUUUAAAUAGAUUCAUCUGCGUACUGAGUGAUUUGAUACAAAUUAAUAUGACUGUUAACAAUACUAUAGCUCAUCAACGUUUAGUUCUUAGUGGUGACCGGGAGAGAUUCAAAGAACUUUUAAGAAGGCGAUUAAUAGAAUGUGGUUGGAGAGAUCAAGUGCGAAUGCUUUGCCGAGAAGCUGUUAAGGAUAGUGACAGUAACAAUGUCACCUUCGAUAUUUUAGUGAACAGAGUCACUCCUCGCGCUCGAGCACUAGUGCCCGACACAGUGAAAAAGGAGUUAUUACAAAAAAUCAAAACACAUCUUCUAACACAGAAAGAUCAAUAGAUGCAAUGAUUUUUAUUGUGUUCUUAAAAAUUAAUAAUUAUGUCUGUGUAGCUUUAUUUGCAUUUAAGUUGUUUUACUUUAUUAAAUGAAACUCAUUUUACAACCAA